UAUCAACUUACAGGUUUCCAGAAGGAGAACGAGUGGAACUAAAGACAAACGUCGCGCCGGAGAGACUCAUCAACGUUGAAUACAGCUGAUUCGGGAACAAUUGGAGUCUGGCAGCGCGUCAGACAGAGUGUUGACUAGAAAUGUAGUCGCAUUCAUAACUUCCGUUCUACAGUCUACUAGUAGCUCUCAAUAAAGUUGGACAGGAAGUCCUCUUUCCUACAGAGGUUGGCAAAUACAUGCGAUGUGCCAGGAUACCAGCAUUGAAGGAAAACUAUGUGUAAAUGAAAGGACAUGACAGCAAGCAGACAAUAGGUGCAACAUUGCUGAUAUGAGUGGACAAGCAACUGGUAGUGUUGAUCAUCUUGGCAUUGUGCUUGCAGCCAUCGCAGUCUGUUGAUGUUGAGUGCAUUGGAAGCAAGGGAGAUCCGGGUGUUCCCGGAGUUUCUGGUCCUCCAGGAAAACAGCUAUGAGGCUGUUUGGUAGCUGUUUUAUGGAACAAAACAAACUGUCUGUAGCAGAAAGAUUAUUGAGAGAUCAUCCUGAUCUUGCACGUGGUCAGUUAACACUUGCUCAGUGUCUGCACCAUCAAGGUAAAGUAAGUGAAUCAAUCAAGCUGAUGAAGGAGUGUGUCGGGAUCUAUAAAUCAUCUUUUCAUCUUGAACAUCGUCAUGUGGCUGCAGCUGUUGGUCAACUUGGAUAUUAUUUACUGGUAGCUGGACAUUUGGAUGAAAGCAAAAAACAUUUGGAGAAUCUCUUGCCAUAGUCAGACAUUCACUACACAAGAAACAUCCUGAUACAGCAAUUGAGUGUGAUGAGAAAAGGGAAGAACAUUGAAGCAGAAAAACUUCAUCACAAAGAUCAAUAUUGCAACAACCCGCCAAUGUACACACUGUUAGUCGAUGUGCUGUCGGUCCCAGUUAUAGCAAAGUUCAAGAGAGAAACUCAUUGCUAGUUCGUCUUCCUGUUGGAAGUGAAGUUCCUUACACAUGAUGUACUUUCCGGUACAUAGAUACUACAGGUCAGACAGUUGAAGAGGUUCCAGGGGAAAGGCUGGAUAGUCAUACAAUAGAAACUGUUGCUCCUGCUUGGCCACAUGUUGAUCAAGUGGAGAUACACAUAUUUUCUUCAUGCACGUGGUCAAAUUCGUCAACCCGUGUGUAGAGGUGUUACCUCGUAUCGUCAAUGAUUGUGAGGGUGACAGAAGCAUGCUACCAGGAGUAGUAGAGCAAGGAACAGAGAAAAAACAUUCUUCAGUUCGGCCAUUCUGUGUUGCGAAGGAGGAGAUUGUCAAGUUACAGAUGUGACAAGUUAGACUUGCAAGCAAUUGUGUCUGAUUUACAGUUUCUUGAGGUUGGCAUGGAUGUCAGAAAUCAUUGAUAUGAGAUUGGUAUUCAUCUUGGAGUCGACUUAGAAGAGUUGUCUGAUUGUAAAGAGUGUUUCCCUCAUAACUUGGCUGCUCACCUCAUACAUGUCUUCUCACUGGAGAAAACGAGAGCAGAAAGCAACUAUUGCAAUACUCCUGGAAGCAUGCAGACAAGCAGGUGUCUGUGCAUGCAGCAGAGAAAGCAGUGAAGAAUGCACAAAAUCAAAAAAUGGUGUCAUUGACUCAAGGAUUUCCUAAUUGUUGCUAAUAACAUAUCCAUCUACUGUAUCACACUGACUGGCCUUACACUGAAGUCAGUCUCAUGCCAUCUAGCUGUGGGUGAGUGCAUAAUCAUACACGCGGGAGUGGCAAAAUUCUCGAGCUAAAUCGAUCUAUUGUAGACAGAGUGAGAGCCCAUCAGUAUGUAGUAAUGGGACGUCACCCCAUCUGAUAAACAUUUAUUUGUUAAUAUCAAAUAUGUUUGGUUUUGUAUUUACAGUAUUUUGUGUUAUGUGAACUGGAAAUUUUGUGUGUGUGUGUGUGCGUGUGUGUGCAUGCGCGCGCGCACUCUGGGAGGAAGUUCAUUACUGAGCUAUCUGUCUUUCAUCCUUGGCUUCCACCGGUCACUUCCCUGUCAACGAGCGACAUGAACAUUAUCGUCUUCGUUGCAAUUGUUUGCUGCUUUCUCCGCGUUGGAUCAUUAACUCCUAAAACUGGAGACUCUACAAACUCUGAAGAUCCAGAAGUUCAAGUCUGUCAACCGCUAAAGUCUUAUCUCAAACGAACUCAGAUGGUGCGUCUUGACAACGUGUCUGGUAUUGGCGGAAAAGGAGAGAAAGGAAGUCCAGGGAAAAAGGGUUCAAGAGGGCCCCAAGGCAUAAAAGGAUCAAAGGGAGAAAUCGGUAUCCAAGGUCCAGUAGGUCCUAGGGGUGAUCGUGGAUUACCCGGAGCAAAGGGAGAAGCCGGAGCAAAGGGAGAAGCCGGAGCAAAGGGAGAAGCCGGACCACAAGGCCGUCCCGGUCUAGAGGUGAGUGCAGGUGUGUUGCAACGCUAUUUUUCUGCAUUCAAGGGACUGGCAGAGAGGAUGAAGCAACUGGAGGAUUGGAAAGAAGAGUGGACAAAGAAUAGAAGAGUGCCUGUUGCAGCACAUCUUGUAGGAUCAUCAGGCAGUUAUUAUACUAUAUCAGGUGUGAUAACCUACUGGCAAACAAGAAGUCCAUCAUUCUUACUGGGUGCCAUCACAUACAGCAAUGGAGCUCUUACAAUUCCAUCUGAUGGUGUUUACUAUAUUUAUACACAUCUGUGGUUACAUGACUAUAGUGGCAGUACCAUGACACCUUACAUCAGAGUAAAUGGCAAUCGUGUUUUGAACAUUCGAAGCUACCAUCAUCAUACUGAAAACAAAACCAAGCACGCUGGUCUACUUCAGCUGCUGAAAAAAGGUGAUAGCGUUGACAUACAUGGUGGAGGACAUCAACACCACAUGGCCUCUACUCAUUCAGUUUUUGGUAUUUUUAAGAUCAACUAGAAGCAUGUUGUUGAGAAUGAGAAUGUCAAUUAAUCAAGUGAUAAGUGUGAGUGUCAAAUGACUCUCCAUGUGAUCAUGUUUAAUAGUAAUUGUAGUUGUGACUGUGUAUGUUGGACUGUAGUGUGACCAUUCAACCCCAAUUUUUGUUUGUUUCAUUUCUUUAUUAUAAGCAAUAAAUUUUCAU